AUUGACCGAAGAUCAAUCAUACACAAACACUUGGGCUUACAAGUACUACAGGUCGAGCUCCUGUUUGUUAUACACAGUCAUAAUUCAUUGAGAAAGCUACUUUCCUUGCCUAGCUAGCUAGGCGCACGAGUUGGCGCGCCGCCGGCCAUGAAGGGCGGCCUCUUUGUCGUCGGUCUCCUGGUGGCGGCCCUUGUCGGUGCGGUCGCGGCGAGCACUGAAGCGGUGCGGCGGCCGGUGGUGCCGGCCAUGUUUGUGCUUGGGGACUCAACGCUGGACGUGGGCAACAACAACCACCUGCCGGGGAAGGACGUGCCCAGGGCCAACCAGCCUUUCUACGGCGUCGACUUCCCCGGCAGCGCCAUUGCCACCGGACGGUUCAGCAACGGCUACAACAUCGCCGACUUCAUCGCUAGGUACCUGGGGUUCGAGAAGAGCCCUCUGGCUUAUCUGGUGCUGAAAUCACGCAACUAUCUCAUCCCUAGCGCUCUCACGAGAGGAGUGAGCUACGCCUCUGCUGGAGCUGGCAUCCUGGACUCCACUAGUGCGGGAAACAGCAUCCCGUUGUCGAAGCAGGUGCGCUACUUUGCGGCGACCAAGGCAGAGAUGGAGGCCGUAGCCGGCAGAGGCAACGUGUCCAGGCUCCUCGCUCGCUCCUUCUUCCUCCUCGGCGUCGGCAGCAAUGACCUCUUCCAGUCCACAGCGACCACCCAGGGUGAUGUCAUUGCGCUCUACACAACUCUCAUCUCCAACUACACUGCUGCGAUCAAUGAUCUGUAUGUGAUGGGGGCGAGGAAGUUCGGGGUCAUCAGUGUCAGCCCGCUGGGCUGCGUGCCAGCGGUGCGCGUGCUCAACGUGACCGGGGCAUGUAACGAUGCCAUGAACCAGAUCGCCAUGGGAUUCACCGCCACACUUAAGUCUGCACUCGCCGGCCUCGCCCAAAAGCUCCCAUGCCUUGCCUACUCCCUCGGCGACUCCUUCGCCGCCUUGGAGACAAACUUCUCCAACCCGCAAGCAGCCGGGUAUGUGAGCGUGGACAGCGCCUGCUGCGGGAGCGGGAGGCUGGGCGCUGAGGGCGGCUACUGCACGCGGAACUCCAAGCUGUGUGCCGACCACGACGCCUAUGUGUACUGGGACUGGAUCCACGCCACGCAGCGGGCUGCCGAGCUGGGUGCCCAGGCGCUCUUCAACGAGGGCCCGGCCCAGGUCACUGCACCCAUCAGCUUCGGGCAGCUGGCCGACGAGAGAUGACGACACAUGCACUCUCUUGACACGUUGUAGCUGUAAUGUUUUUGUAGGGAAUAGUGUAGCUGUAAUCUUGUUGUUCUGAAUCGCAAUAAGCUACGAAGCUCCUCUAAGAAAAGCAAUAAGUUGGGCUGGAUCUUUCCAUGACACGUUGCUUCAUUGUAUUUGGAUUUGGUUUGUAAUCCAUGUUUGCUUCAUUUUGA